UAACGUAAAUAAGAAACGAUCUUGCCAUGUUCGGGAACUUGUGAAGUCAAACCGCUGUUGGGAGUUUUGUUUUUGUUUCUUUGCUGCAGUGUUGGUGGUGACCACCGCGGGGACGGACGCCCUUCAGCCGCGUCGGAUGUGCGCACCGCUGGAGGCAGUGGCGCUGCAGACCGGUUCUUGGCUACUCUCUUCUGGAUUAACAAGCGCGGGGGGGCUUGGAGAGGAGGAGAGAGGAAGAAGAGCUGCUGGGUGGCAAUGUGAGCCAAGUCUGCACAGAGACAACAAACCCUCCCCAAAGUAUGCGCGACGGCUGCGGUGGAGCUGGUGCGGGCGGGGGUGGGUGGACGUCCGCUUGACACAGGUGGAUGCGUAGCGAGCAGCGCGGCAGCUCAUCGCCGCGAGGGGAGGCGCACCAGGCGGCUGCGGCGUCAAGCUCGCGUCGGUGUGCUCCCAGAACGUUUUGGGAGCGCAGCUCAGCUCAGCCCUCUUCAUUUUUGUGAGCGAGUGGACGAUUGAGCAAGAGGAGCUCUCCGUGCGACAGCAUGUCUAAGGAGGCGAGAGGAAGAGGUUCGUCGCGGAAGCACAGCGCCACCCACUGGUGUCUGCAGAAUAUCGCGCAAGAAUCUGUGGACAGCUCAGAUGAAGAAUUUUUCGACGCCCGAGCAGAUGUGAUGGAGGGCAAAAGUGCCAUGCUGCUGGGCAUGAGUCAGUGGAACUCCAACGACCUGGUGGAGCAGAUUGAGACAUUGGGACACAUGGACCCAUCUCAUGAGGGUCUUUAUCGGUUGGGUGAUCCACGCUGUGCGCCACAAAGCAGCAUUGAAGGACUUGAGGACAUAGAGAAUUCCAAAUGUCGGACGCACGUGCUGCUUCUGGUGGUGCACGGUGGCAACAUCCUGGACACGGUGGGCGGUGACCCCAGCGCUAAGGCAGGCGACGUGGCUACCCUGGCGUCCGUGCUCAACAAGGUGACGCGGGCGCACUUCCAGGCCGCCGCUGAGCAUGUGAUGAUCAAAUUGGUGCCGUGCCCUGCGGUGUGUGCUGAAGCCUUCUCGCUGGUGUCCAAUCUCAACCCGUACAGCUACGAUGAGAGCUGCGUGUCGAGCAGCGUGGACCACCUGCCGCUGGCCGCCCUGCCGCUGCUUGCCAUCGUCUCACCACGCUACCAGGACGCCGUCGCCACCGUCAUCGCCCGCGCCAACCAGGUCUACCGCAGUUUCUUGGAGUCUGAUGAUGGCCAGGGCUUCACGGGACAGGUGUGCCUAAUGGGCGACUGCGUGGGUGGCGUGUUGUGUUUUGAUGCCCUGUGCUUCAGCAACCAACAAAGACCUGGCAGCCCAAACAACAACACCACCAGUGGCAGCAGGAACAACAGCACUGAAAGCCUCAAGGAGAACCCAGGCCUACUUGGAGAGUCUAGUCCUAGUUUAAGCUCCAGCAAAAGGCUUAGUAAGAGCAACAUCGACAUCUCGGCACCCAAUGAAGGUCGUUGCCAGGGUCCGCCGUCCCUCUGCCGCAAGCAGAGCGACUCGUACGACGGUGACACGUCAUCCACCGGCCAGCACGUCUUCUUUUCCAGUCUGAUAAAGGAGAACGCAGAGGUUCGCGCCAGCAGUAGCAGCAGCCCCAGUCUGCUGAUCAACCCCGGACGCUUUGACUUUGACGUGUCAGACUGCUUCCUGCUGGGUUGUCCGCUGGGUCUGGUGCUGGCCAUGCGUCGCACCGUGCUGCCCACCGUUCGGGUGCAUCAGCUCCAUCCGGCCUGCUCUCAGAUCUUCAACCUGUUCUUCCCAUCGGACCCUUCAGCCUCCAGGCUGGAGCCUCUUCUGCAGCCUCUUUUUCACAAGCUGCCACCCUUCGCCGUGCCACGCUACCAGCGCCACCCUCUAGGCGACGGACGCUCCUUGGUCAUAGGCGAGAGUAUCCAGGGCCAUCCCGACGUGUUUCUGGAGGGCGAGCAGACCCCCACAGUCCCUCAGUUGUCCUCCGAGGAAGGAGGUCGGCGGGCCAGUGUGACCAGCAUGGAGAGCCAAAUGUCCAUCGGCUCCGUUGGCCGUCAACUGGGCGAUGCUAUCGCCGACAUUUCUAGUAGCUGGUGGGGCUCCAAGAGGCUGGACUAUUCCCUCUACUGCCCUGACGUGUUGACCGCCUUCCCCACCGUGGCGCUGCCGCACCUGUUCCACGCUUCCUACUGGGAGUCCACUGACGUCGCCGCCUUUGUCCUUCGACAGCUCAUGCGGUGUGACUUUGUGAAGACGCAGGAAGCGGACAAUCUGGACUCGGCUCCCUUCUCGCCCUCCAGCCCUCGAGAAAAGUGGCUGCGACGGAGGACGCACGUCAAGCUGAGGAAUGUGACCGCCAACCACCGGGUGAAUGAUGUCAUCGCCACCGAGGACGGACCUCAGACGCUGGUGGGCCGCUUUAUGUACGGCCCCCUGGACAUGGUGACGCUAACCGGAGAAAAGGUGGACAUUCUGCUGAUGACGCAGCCCCAGUCGGGGCGCUGGGUGCACUUUGACACGGAGGUUACCAACAGCAACGGCCGAGUGACAUACACCAUACCCAACAACAAGAAACUCAGCCUCGGAGUCUAUCCUAUUAAGAUGGUGGUCAAGGGCGAUCAAACAUCUGCCGAAGCCUACUUGACAGUGUUGCCCCGCGGCAUGGAGUGUGUAGUGUUCAGCAUCGACGGCUCCUUUGCGGCCAGCGUGUCCAUCAUGGGCAGCGACCCCAAGGUCCGCCCCGGAGCAGUGGACGUCGUCAGGCACUGGCAGGACUUGGGCUACUUGAUCAUUUACAUCACGGGUCGUCCCGACAUGCAAAAGCAGCGCGUGGUGUCCUGGCUAUCGCAGCAUAACUUUCCUCACGGCAUGAUCUUCUUCUCCGAGGGCCUCGUUCACGACCCAUUGCGACAGAAGACCAUCUUCCUCAGGAACCUCAUACAUGAGUGUCACAUCAAGAUCAACUCUGCCUACGGAUCCAUGAAAGACAUCAGCGUUUACAACAUGCUUGGUCUCGGGCCCCCUCAGAUCCACAUAGUAGGAAGACCUUCAAAGAAAUACCAAAACCAGUGCCAGUUCUUGAGUGACGGCUACGCGGCGCACCUUUCCACCCUGCAAUUUGGCCACCGAGCUCGACCCAAGAAGUCGCCCUCGGUUCGCAUGGUCCUCAGGAAAGGCUCGUUUGGCCUCACCGCCAAACCAGACUUCCUGUGUAAGCGCACCCACCUACGCAGGACCAUGUCUGUCCAGCAGCCCGACCCCCCCUGCGCGCCCAACCCCAAGCCCGAGCGAGCCCAGAGCCAGCCGGAGUCAGACAAGGACCACGGAGGGGGAGGUGGGCAAGGCGUGUGGGGGCGGGGCGUCAUGCAUCGCGGGGACACCACUCCUUGACGCUGGGCCAGGAGACGGAUGGAUUGGAUGAAGGAUGGCGGGAGAGUCGAGGCUCAGAUCAGGGGACGCUGACUGUGACGACGGCGACGCAAUCACGGGCGAUGGCGGCGUGGUGGCGAGAGCCUGCGGGAGCAAAUAGUGCUGACGCGGCCACGCACAUUAAUCACAACUUUGCCGCCGAUGUGACAGACUUCAUUAACUCUCGCUCAUAUUUGCAGCUUGGUGCCGCCUCCUCCCCCUCCCUUUUUUGGCGGAUGAGGCCUCACUUUUGUCUUAUUGCCUCAACUCGCCAAGCAUUUGGCAUCGGUGAAGCGCAAAUUGCAAACUUGGAAAACAUCCCUGUUUGGACCAAUGGACACCAAAGCACUUUUUUGUCCCACACGUCUGCUGAACAUUGUACUUGGCUCUGCCUCUAAAGGUUGCACUACCAAAGUCUGAUGCAGUCAUUCUGAAUCCGUUAUACAGUACCCCAGGUUGUGUUUCAGUUUGUUCAUUUCAAGGCAGCACAGUGCCCAUGUUCAAGGUUUCUCUUGGCUUGCCCCUUCU